AUGGUGAUUGAGACUUGUGAACCAGAAUUAAAGGAUGAUUUAUUACAGGUGUAUGCAUACAUGGCGAUGAGGAAUAAAAAACGAGAACUAGAAGAGAAAGGCUGUAAACGAUGGCAACAGCUGGGGCUAAAUGCUUAUGUGGGAUGGCGAACAGGACUAUUAGCGUACUUGAGAGAUAGCCUAGAAAGAAAUGAAGUGGUUGAACCUCGCACAACCUUAUUACUCGCCAUUGUCGCACGUUUGCCACUUAAUCCACGCUGUGGAUUAGAAGGACACAGCAAGGAAAUAGCUGCGAAGUUGGCUGAUUAUUUGGGGAAAUUUCCAUCGUCUUCUCUCUUCGCUGAAAUAUCUUUUUGUGACGCACAGCUCUUGUCAAACUUGCAGUGUGAACGCUGUAAUGAAGAAGAAAACAUUAAUGAAAAUGAAAAGGAUGAUAAAUUUUGUAAAAGAAAACAACGAAGUGUUAUGGUUGGCUGGGAUAACAUUUUUCACCUUGAUCAGGAUGAAUUUACAGUGGAACAGGAAUCAGCAGCUAUCCUUAAAGAUUCGGCUCUGAAAAUAAUGUAUUAUAAAAUGGUUGAUCAUUCGCCUGAUGCAAUAUCUGAAUUUGAAACUUUUGCGCAUUCGUUGUCAAUAUUCGCUCGAUUGAUUGAAGACAGUAGUAUCUAUGGUUUCGUUGUAAAGCAACUUUUGUCGCAUGAUUUUCCAAUUACUGGCAAAAAUAAACAAGUUAUUAUUGCUUGGGAAGUGAUGCUGUCUUUACUUCUAAGAGGCUCGACAAAUUUUUUACGCAGCGAAUCUGAUAUCUCCGGUUUUCCGUUUCGAAGGGUUGUAAUCGAAUGCAUUAUUUGUUGUGCAGCAAAGAUAGCUAAUAACAUAAAUGCUUACAUGUGUUCCAGUAGUAUGAAUUUUGAAUUACGCACUGAUUGUUAUAGCUUAUUCGAUGGAAUCAUAAAAUAUUACAGCUAUUUCUCCAAUUAUAUUGUACAGUAUUCUAAUCGAAUUGCUUUGCUGAAGAAAUCAUUGCCGAAGUCAAAACUUGAUUUUAAGGAAAAUGGCAAACGAUUUCCUUAUUUUGAUGUGCAGUGUGCAUAUAAAUUCGUGCAUGACAUCGUUACAGAAAUCGUAACGAACUGUUCCGAAGAAGCUGUACUCUCAGAAAUUCUUAGUUGUGCUCUCUCUCUACCGGAUGAAUAUUAUUCCUUCAUAGGUAUUAAAUCAGUCUUUACAACAUUCCUCUCAGCUCAUCUACUAGAUAAUUUUAUUGACCGAUGUGCAGAAAUUAUUGCUAAGCAGCAGCAUAAUUUUGACAGACGAACUGUUACUGCAAUGCCGAGCGCAUUCCUAGUAUCAUUACAAAAUCGAAUUGGAAAUUUUCAGGGAGCGAAAUUUAUUUGUCUUUUACAAACGCUUUCGUCAAUUUGUCCAUUUCUGCUAGUACAAGAUGUAGAAAUUAUCUGUCUGGCAAUUUUAAAUCGUUUCAAAAAUGAGUCAUCACUUUCUAAAAAAUGGAAUGACAGUGCCAAACUGAACGAUAUCUCAAUCCAUUGUGAUGCGAUGGCUGAUUUUCUUGCUGAAUACUUAUUCGGACAAAAGGCUAUCGAAUUUGCUGUUAGUGAUGUGAUUUUACCGUGUAUGGCACUUCUUGAAACAUCUGCUGCAUCAUUCAACCUUGUAUAUAUUAUUUGUAAACGAUCUAUUAUUGUUGGAAGUAAUCUGAUCAGUUCCAAAAGUGUUGAAGAUUUAGCAAAAUCAAUAAGUGAUCGACUUUCUCGAGAACUGACUUAUCCUAGUCCGGAUAUCUGGACGUUAAUUGGCAUUACUGAUUUUGCAAUUCCGCUGCUUCAUGUUGCUGAUCUCCUACUACUUCUGCUGUCUUACUGCACGGAGAAAGUUUUGCCAUCUGGAUUUCUGAUAUGCGCUAAACAAUAUAGCUCAACGUUAGUUUGUAUUACUAUGGAUUGGAUGCUAGCACCCAAUGAAGUUGACUCACACAUGCUUCGGAUAAGUCAACUAUUUAGUGUAUCAUUACGAAUUGUUUUUGCAACAAAUGUGGCUGAGUUUCUAGGUGCUGAUAAAUUUUAUUCGCAAUUAUCUGUUGUUUCAAUAUUACUGCUUCAAAAGCACAUUCAAGUUAAGCGUAGUGUAUCAUCGAAUAAUGAGUAUUAUAUUCGCAAGAUAUGUGGUACUCUUCAACAUGCAAUGUUAAAUGCUCAAUUUGAUAAAAACGUUCUUUUUAGUAAACUAAAUCGUCUCAUUUUGCAUUUGUUGCGGACGCUAGCUGAAAUAUCAGUGUCUUCUAACUGUUUUCGGGUUUCACUUACAUUCUAUUUUAAUUUCAUUUCUACAAAUCUUACACCGUCAGAUAUACGAAAUGUUUUUGCAAUUGUAAGGAAUGCUCGUUAUUUGCAGGUAGCGCUAACAGAAGUUUUAUUGGGAUUAUUGCCAAACGAAAAAGUUGAACCAAAAGAUGUCUAUGUUUUUCCACAAAAAAUCCAUGCGCAUAUGAGAAUUAACUGCGACGGAACAGUGCUAAAUAACUUACAAUUUGAUGGAAGUGAUUGGAAAGGGAAAUCGGCGCCAUCAUGGAGUGCUUCACUUUGUAAUGAACACACUGAGGACAUGCAUAAUGCUAAAUUAUUUUCUGGAUCUUUAAGCAAUUUAGCAGUCAGUAAACAUGAAGACGAUUCUUUCGAUGGAUGUUGUGCUGCAAAACUUGCUCUUGAUUGUUUAGAGCAGGUUUAUCCAGUUUGUUCAGUGGAUACUAAUAAUUUGAGUUUCCUGCUUCAAGUGUCAUUCGAUAGCCGCACUUUACAUAGAAGAUGUCUUCCAUCAGUAUUGACGGAUGAUGCCUGGAACCAUAUUGUAGUGUCAGUGGUUGUCGUUGACUCGAUGCUUUCAGUGCAUGUUUGGAUUAAUUCGCAGCGUUUCAUCAUGCGUGUGAAACAUAAAUGCGCAGUAUCUUUAGAACAAUUAUCAUUUGUGUUUGGCUUUGGUGCAUUGCAAAAAGAUCUGGUUUACUCGGAAACAUUUUAUGAAUUAUCACCAAUUCUUUCAUUUCGUGGUUCUCUGAAAGCUCCACAAGUGCUUAUCUUACGCGCCCUUGGCUGUGAUUGCAUUUCUUUGGCAGCAUGUAAUAUCAGUUCUCUGAUGUUGAGAUUGACGUCUCUUUUGUCCUCUCAAAAUCUGUUUGUUCAACAAAAUGCCGUUCUUAAGCUUUUUGCCGAUGUUGAAACUGCAUUUGCUUGCCUUCAGCAAGAUUUUCUUUUUGUUAUAAGAGACCGAAUGGCAUAUGUGCAACGAAAAUGCUAUUCACACAACACUAAGAAAAAAUUGGAGCUUGAUCCCUUACCUUCAACUGAAAGGCAUCUCUUGGAAUGGAAUUGUCCAAUGGUAAAGCGAUUGGGGAAAACCUCUACCGCUGAUUGCUGGCUUUCGCUUGGUUCACAAAAUCUUUUUCUUUUUAUGUUUGCAGAGGCUAUUGACCUAAAACACAGUGCAUAUGAACAGGCAAUUACCUUUCAUCUGUUAUUCCAAUUUCUACGGCGAGUUAGUCCUUUCACAAGCGAAUAUACCUUUUCAAAUGUGUAUGACUGCGUAAUACGAUGUCUGUCAUCGUCACUUGCCUGUCUCGGUGCUCAAAUGCUUGAGGAAUUUCGAAGUACAUGUAUUUCAUUACCACCCAGGAUGAAAUGUUCAAGUGGAAGAUCGAAACAAUGGUUCAUUGUUGAUCCAGAGCUCGUAGUACGUUUGGUUUGCGCUCCAUGGAUAUGGAGAGGCCGGGAAAGAAUGUUGCAAUGGCGUAUUAUAUUAGAAGAUAUUGCUCACUGCAUCUCAGAUGAAACAGCAGAAUGUUCUGCAUUCAGUAGGGGGCAGCUGAAGCGAGCCAUUUUGGAAAUGCUUCAAGAUGAUAAAAAUUACCGAAUUGAGAUGCAAGAUGUUACACCAUUAACUGAUACUCUAUUAACAAUUAUUCGUAUAAUGCUAGGUUCAUUAGCAGUAGCCGAAGGAAUAAUUCAUCUUUGGAAUUUUAUAUUCCUUUCUCAUGCAGCUGCUUACACCUAUAUCACCUAUGGCCAUACUGAUCAUUUCCAAUGGCUUCAGCAAGAAUUAUUACAAGAGGAAUGCAAAUUUGAUUUGUUGAAGGAUACCGAUUUGGUGGGUCGUUUGAAAGAUUAUGGCAACAUACUUGGGAAAAAUCGUGUUGUCGAAGUUUGGACUAAAGAACGUUCGGUAAUAAAAUUACGGCAAAUGUAUGAUGCAGUAUGUUUAGUUGAUAAUCAAAAUAAUGAAUAUUCUGCUGAUUCAAAAUGCCCUACCACUGUUUGUAAGAAGGGUGUGCUGGAUUUGGCUUGCAAUCUUCGAAGAGCAAAAGGGGAAUCAUAUGAAAGCAGUGAAAAUGCUGUUAUGAAGGAAGAGAAAAAAGUCGAUUGGUUUUGUGAUCUUCGCUGUAGAUGUUUGGAACAGUUAGCAUUAGUUGUUCAGAAUGCACCAGAUGCAUCUUUUACUGAACUUGUAAACAUGCGCAUAUCGUGGCAAGCUGUAGUGGUUCUAUUAACAAAUCAGUCUGAUGAACGGUUUCGAGAUCAUGUGUUCAAUUUACUGAAACACAUUUUGCUUCGAGCAGAUUCAGAAAUGCGAUCCGAUUUCAUAAAAAAUGAUGGAUUUGAGUUACUUUCGAGCCAAAUGAGGGGUUAUCCUAUUACAGAUGAAAUAGCCUCAUCACUGUUCUCGUUGCUUUUUGAAGAACCAAUUCGUUUCAGCGAUGAGCUGGGUUCAGAUCAUGUUCCGUUUUUAAAACUGAAUCAGUUCAAGUAUCUCUCACUGAAAGCAAUAUUUGUUUUAUGGGAGGAAAGCUUAUUCAACGAAAACGAAAUGCUAAUGCAAGCAAUGAUAAACUCAGGAUUAUGCACUACUGUUGUAUCCGUUUUAAGGCGAAUUGCUUCACUUCCUCCCAUAACAACCGAUUUGAUUCACGGAAGCGCAACAGCUCCGUUUAUGGAAUGUUGGUUUGGUAUCGUGAGGAGAAUUAUACGCUUAUGUUUGCCUUAUCGCAAUUCACAUUUGUACAGUAUGUGUCAGGAGAUGCUAUGGUUGCUGGAAAUGGCAGUCCUGAACGUGGACAUUCAAUCAGAAAGAAUCACUCGUCAAGGUCUUACCUGUGUUUAUAGCCUAUGGUUCACAGUGCUACAGGAAUUCUACCUAAGUAAUGGUAAGUCAAACUGGGAUUCAAUGAGUGACUUGUUAGCUGCUGGUGAAGAAAGUGCUGAUGAUGUAGUGGAUAACGAAAUGCAGAGUGAUAUAGCGCCUACCAGUAAUUUUCUGUCCGAAACGCUUUCUGCAGUAGUUGGAACGAUUGCUGAUUUCCGAGACAGGAAAUUCUUCUAUAGAAAUAGCUAUAGCAAACGCUUACCUCCAAUAGGUGAACGCGCGGAACGUCUGAUAUUUUGUGUCACUGAGAUUUCACAUUUUUUUACUAGCAUGCCAGUGAAAUCACUUGAAGCUGUUACAAAUCAAGAAAUGAAAUUAUUUAAAAUAUUCCUGUCAUUCCUAUCUCUAGUUUGUAAGCAAAAUGACACACGAAUAGUAACUUUUGAGCAUCUCAACAAUAAACAGCGAUUGAUGAAUAUCUGUGGUGAGCGUAUUGGACAUUUAUUUGGUCCACUUAUUGCUUUUGUACUUUUUCCGGCAUCAACAAAGGCUAGCAAAUUGAGCUUCGUUACAUCCAAUACAGGAAGAAAUGGAAACAGCUGGGAAAUGAAAAGACGUUUAAUGAUUGUGAAGAUGUUAGUGUCAAACAAAAAUCACCUAAAAUCCCUUCUUGGUGCCAAUUUGGAAUACCAGUGUGCGCUAAACUUGUCGUUGCAUGAAUUAGCAUUAUUGAAUACUAUCGAGGAUUUGGACGUUCAAAAAGAUAUUGAAAACCUAAUUAGAUUUUUAAGGAAAUUACAGAUUGAAUCUCCUCUAGCGACUUUAGAUGCUGAUCGACUUAUGUCUUUGAAUAUGGAUGAGUCAUUGGCUAUUCAUGGUUACCUGGAAUAUAGUAACAAAUUUUUAACGAGGGUACAACAAAGAGCAAUUCGUUUUAUUGUUGAAGAGAAACAACAAACAAAGAUUCGAAGCGAGGUAGCAAUGCAAAUGACAUGUCGAGUUGUAGAAGAUCAGAAUUUGCUACGAAAGAACUUUAUGAAAACUUGUCGAGAGUCAGAACUAAAAAAUAUGGCUGCUAACGUAUUUUUAGACGGUUUAUUGACAGAGCUUUGUCAUCCGGAAGGUCUUUUUUAUGAUGCAGAAUCAUGGCCAUCGAGUUGGGCACUUGACCCAACAGAGGGACCAAAUAGGGAGCGUCGUAGAUUGAUGCCUUCACAUUUAUCGUUUGACAUAAAAUUUUUGCGGCCACAGUCGAUAAACAAGAUCAAAAAGCGGAAAAAAUCUCCCCCUCUAUUUCAUUUACUGAGCGAUCUGAGAGGAAACAUAAAUGAAUUGAGCUUAGAAGAUGGUUUAGUACCUGGUGAACGCAUCAUUUUAUCACUCUCAGCUGUGGUUGUGAGAUCGACAGUUGAAAGUAGCGGUGAAAUUCUUGCUGGCGACAAAAGAUUUUACUUUCACAGUGAUUACACAAGAUCCGUACAGAAGAGGUUAAGUCGUACCAAUACACUGUUCAUUCGAUGGAGCUAUGGAGACUUGGUCGAAAUCUAUAAGCGGCAUCAUCUUCUGAAAGAUACCGCUUUAGAAAUUUUCUUGUCAGAUGGCCAAACUUAUCUUAUUGUUUUUGAAGAUCAAGCGAAGCGGGAUCAGUUUGGUUUGCAAAUACUUUCAUCCGAUUUAUGCAAAUUGUCCAGUUUUUCGAAUGUAUCUGUACAAUCAGCCACACAGUUAUGGCGGGAGGGAGCGAUCACCAAUUUUGAGUAUCUGAUGCAGUUAAACAAGUUGGCUGGUCGUUCAUAUAAUGAUCUUAUGCAGUACCCAGUAUUUCCAUUUGUUCUUUCGGAUUAUAAAUCCACUGUAUUGGAUCUCACUAAUCCAAUCUCAUUUAGAGAUUUAAGCCGCCCAAUGGCAAUUCAGGAUAAACGGUUAGAGAAACAUUAUCUCCGAAAAUACAGUUAUCUUGCUCGAGAGGAGGUUCAAGCAGUAUCUGGUUGCGGUUCACCAUUCAUGUUUGGACCUUAUCAUUAUGGAAGUCAUUACUCGAAUAUCGGUAUUGUCGCACAUUAUCUUGUUAGAUUGCCACCAUUUACCGACAUUGCGCUAGAAUAUCAAGACAACAAUUUCGAUAUUGCUGAUCGAUUAUUCAAUUCAAUUGAAACCACAUGGCGUUUGGCAAGCUUUGAUUCAACCACUGAUUUCAAGGAACUUAUUCCUGAAUUCUUUUAUUUGCCUGAUUUCUUGAUGAAUAAGGAAAAUCUAAAUUUAGGAAUGCGUCAGAAUGGUGAUAUUGUGGAUGAUGUUAUUCUGCCGAAAUGGUGUCAAGGAUCAGCACGUUUAUUUGUGCUUAUUCAUCGACAGGCACUUGAAUCUUCAUUUGUUUCAUCAGCGCUGAAUUACUGGAUCGACCUAAUUUUUGGCUAUAAGCAAACGGGGAAAGCUGCGAUCGAUGCAAUCAACGUGUUCCAUCCCGCGACAUACAGGAUGAAUACGGUGCAUGGCUUAAACGACGAAUAUGACGAACUUUCGAUCUCCGCCCUAAGAACUAUGAUACAGACCUACGGACAAAUGCCAUUACAGCUUUUUCGUUCACCUCAUCUUCCACCUUUGUGUGGGAAAAUGCAUCAAAAUAUUCCCAGCAUUUCAUUGAAUCCACUGGACACGGUGAGAGGAAUAAGAUGGGGUGAAUUUAUAGGGAGUCCGGAUACCGAAUUCGGAAACUUAACAGUUGUUCUAAAUCAAAAACUGCCGAGUAGUGAUUGGUCUGGCCGCCUUGUUGCAUUCUCAGAAGGAACUUGUUUUGCAUUCCCGAGCAAUACAUGUUUUAUUUAUAAGUAUGGGGAAGGAGUUCGACCGCGAAACCUUUGCAGUUAUGGAUUAGUAACUUGGCGACAUAAUGAUGGGAUACUUCGAUUGCGUCUUCAUGAACCGAAGCUUUGGUGGGAUUUGGCCAGUUACCAUACGUAUAAUGUGGUGACAACAGCUUAUUGUGUUUCAUUUGAUUUGCUGUUUAUAGGACUUUCAUGUGGUAUUAUACUCACUUACCGUAUACAAUUAAGCGAAUUUGGUGUGAAAGAUUUUGCACUUCUAAAAACGCUGUAUGCACACGAUACUGCAGUACGUGCAUUAGCAGUUUGUGGUAAUUUUGCUGUUGCGGCUAGUGGUUGCGACAUGGGUAAAAUUUGUAUAUGGGAUCUAAAUCGUUUAUCGUAUGUUCGGACUCUUGUUCCGGGUAAUAGAAGAGAAGUGCAGUUCAUUUGUAUAAGUCGAACUAGUUGUGACGUGGCUAUCGUGGCUUAUUCCGGUUAUGGGAGCAAUGUAACACUGAAAACUAUCAACGGGUUAGAAAUCGGUAGCAUCGAUACCGAUAUCGUUGUUACUGCAAUUGCUAUGACAUCAAUUUCGGAAGGAACUGCCGUAAAUUGUGUUUUUCUGGGAAUGCAAAAUGGAGUGAUUAGAAUAUUUGAUAUGUGGACAAUGAAAUUUGUACGUGAUAUCGUCGAUUAUCGGUUUCUUGAACCUGUUGUCAGUAUUAGUUUUUCAAAUCGAUGUACGAGGUUGUUCGUUAAUUUCUCAUCCGGUCGGGUAUUGUGCUGGCAAGGAGAAAAUCUGCAGCCAAAACGACCACCAUCACUGAGCAUUAUUAGCGAUAUGUGA